CGUGGUCCUCAGUUGCGACAGUUGUAAGAGAACGAGACGAGGAAGUACUUGUCAUUUCAGCAUAUAAAAAGGACUAUUUCCAAGAAAUACGGACAUUGUACGUAAGGCUACCAACUAGUAAACAUGAAGGGAUCACGUCUGUUACUUGUCUGUUGUCUCGUUGCUGUUGCUUCUACACAAAGCAGCGAAGAAGGAGAAGAAGACGGAGGAGGAGAAGAAGGAGAGUUAUUUGAAAGUGACCCGGAAGACACUCAAGGAGAAACACGAUUCUUGGGGGGUUUUUUAGGAGGGGCCAGUUCGGAAAAUAACCAAGAAUUUGACAGUGCACCCGGAUUUGGAGGUGGUUUUAAUAUAAACCCGGGUUUUGGAGGCGGUUUUAAUACAAACCACGGUUUUGGAGGCGGUUUUGGAGGCAUUCUUGGUGGCAUAAACCCCGGUUUUAGUAAUAGUUUUGAAGACCCAAGCACAAAUUUUGGUCACAGUUUCGAGGACAUAGACCCGGACUUGAGUGACGGUUUUGGAGACACAAACCCGGGUUUUAAUGAUGGUUUUGAAAACAUAAACCCGGGGUUUAGCAACGGUUUCGAAGACAUAAACAACCCUGAUUUCUUCAGUGACAGUUCCGAAGACACAAUCGGGGGUCGUUUCGGCCCCAUCAAGUCUGGCCUGGGCGCUGGCGCCUUCGGGUCCUUCGGUCCAAUCUUCGCCAGCUUUGGCUUGGGCUCUCUUGGGUCCUGCCGCUUCCGAUGCAGGAGUCCCCAGGGGCAGGUCUAUUGCUGCGAAGAUACCAACCAAUUCGCUCCAGUGAUUUUCGUCAAGCCAGGCGAGUGUCCCCCUGUGCGACCGAGCUGCCCAGCUGUCAGGAGUUUGGACCCUCCGAUACACUGCUCCAACGAUGGCAGGUGUAGUGGCAUCGACAAGUGCUGCUUCGACACCUGCCUCCAGAGGAGCGUCUGUAAGCCUCCAAUUGGGUCGACGGGAUUUGGAAGUUUCGGCCCUUAGUCUCUCAGUUUUAUUUCACGUGAAGAAAAUCACAGACAAAUACGAUUUGUUGUUGAACAUGGUAAUAAAUAUUUAAUAUUUAAUUUCAUACUGUCCUUUGGGAACUGAGUUCAUCCUGAAAGCAAAUCAAUUUAAAAACUGAAAAGGUCUUGUAUAGUGUUAUUUAAUAUCUCAUCCUUUUCAUCUUCAGAAUGAAGAAAGAGGUAUCUUGAGAUAAAAGGUGUUAUAUAUCUCAUCCUUUAUAUCUUCAGAAUUAAGAAAUAGGCACC